CUACUAUAUAUGAAUCUAUCCCAGGAACUGAAAUAACUCUUAUUGAAGAUGAUUAUGACAUGAUGUUACAUGCUGUAUCUGGAGGUGUAAGGCCUAAACCUCCAGUGGUGUCUUAUGAUGAUGUAGGUACUACAGCACAAGAAGUUACUGUUGAUGCAAAGAGUUUAUCUCAUGUUCAUGAUGAUGCUGUUAUUGAUGAAAUACAAGCAAGGACACCUACAGAUAUUAAGAUGGUAACUGGCAUAGAUAACGCUAUUAAUCUUAAAUUGAUUGAAACUGAAACUACCAUGAAUUAUGUUGGUCUUAUGAAACCCAGACGCUCUACACUACCGGAAAAAUCUUUGCUCUUGUUUGAAUCUACUGACAGUAAUCCAAGUGGAGAAAAUUUGUAAUUAAAUAUAUGUGAAAUUUUUAUAGCAAUAUUAAUUGAAUAAUCUUAACCAUUAUUCAGAUUUUGCCUUAUUUUAUGUUUCCUUUAUAUUAUAUUUAUAUUAA